GUCAUAAUUGGUUGUGAACAGGUACCAAAAUGUCAACGGUUUUCUGUUCUCGAUGAAGAAUAUGUCUUCACAUAUAACUUUAGUUUGUUUAUACAAGGACAUGUCGGAAUCAGGUUGAGUGCAGUUACAGUGCCGGUGGAUACUACAGUAGUAUACUCUUGCUUGAAGGGUAACUUAGUGCUAAAAAUGGCGUCUGCUAGAGUCGCUAAAAUAAAACGUCAGAGUUCAGUAAGAGAUGAAGAAAAAGAAAAGGGACCACCCAAAAUUAACAGCUAUGAUAUUCUUACGACGAUAGGGACCGGAACAUUUGGACGAGUGGUAUUAUGCAGACACAAAGAAAAUAAGGAGUAUUAUGCACUCAAAGUAAUGAAGAUCACGGAGGUUAUACGACUCAAACAAAUAGAACACGUGAAAAAUGAAAAAGAAAUUCUAGCCAGUGUCUCACAUCCAUUUAUCGUAAACAUGACAUGGGCCUAUCAUGAUGACCGAUUCCUUUAUAUGUUGUUGGAGUACGUUCCAGGAGGUGAACUCUUCUCAUAUCUUCGCAAUCAUGGCCGCUUCAACAAUGACAAGUCCAAUUUCUAUACAUGUGAAAUUGUGUCAGCAUUAGACUACUUACACUCCAAAUUAAUUGUAUAUAGAGACUUGAAACCAGAAAAUUUACUUCUUGAUAAGGAUGGACAUUUAAAAAUCACAGAUUUUGGUUUCGCAAAGAAGCUGGAAGAUAGGACGUGGACCCUGUGUGGUACCCCCGAAUAUCUUGCACCCGAAAUUAUCCAGAGCAAAGGUCACAACAAGGCUGUGGAUUGGUGGUCACUAGGCAUCCUCAUUUAUGAAAUGUUGGUCGGAUUCCCACCAUUUUUUGAUGACAACCCAUUUUCCAUUUAUGAGAAGAUUCUGGAAGGCAAGAUAGAAUGGCCUAGACAUCUGGAUCCUGUGGCAAAGGACCUGGUUAAGAAACUGCUUGUCCAGGACAGGACAAAACGGCUGGGAAAUAUGAAGAAUGGUGCAGAUGAUGUGAAAAGACAUAAGUGGUUCAAAGGUAUCCUAUGGGAGGAUGUGGUAGCAAGAAAACUAACGCCUCCUAUUGUACCCAAACUGUCACAUGCAGGAGACACAAAAAACUUUGAUGAAUACUCAGAAGAUGAUUGGCGGAAGGCAGCUGUUGUCAGUGACCGAGAACUCAAAUAUUUCCAGGACUUCUGAUCACAACAGCGUCCAAAACAAUUGGAAAAUCAUCCAUUUUUUUCAAAGGAUCAAUUAACAUGACAUGGAAUGUGAUGUUCGUGUCUGGAAGUGUGACACAGUUAAGGAUUCAGAUCUGUGCCGUAUAAUUAAAACAACCUGCUUCUGAAUUUGAAGCCUAGCACUAGCUGUUGCAGCCACUUGAUAUGCAUUAUUGGAUGGUAGACUGUAGUAGUGUUAUUUGCGAGGAUGCAAAAAGAUACCUUGGAGAUAAGAUUAUUAAAUAAGACUGUGUUUUGUUCCUAAACUUCCAUGAAAAUUUCAUCCAUUCUUCUUCAACCUUUUCAUAAAACCAUAAAAAAUUGAAUCUUUGAAAAUAACUUUUACUGUAUGUCCAUAGUUGUUGAUUAUUUUCUUUGAUAAAUUUUCAUUGAAAUAUUU